UAUGAUGCUAUUUUGCUGGUGACGAAACGGCCAUCUUGUAGCGUCAAAUUUUACGGUCAACGGACGAAAGGUGUUUAUGUUAUUUUCAAAUACUCAGAUUCAUUCUUAUCAGAUUAUUGGUUGAUUUUUAGCAACGGAGUGUUGUACUAUAUUGUCAUUAUUGUGCUUUAGAGUCCGGUGUCAUUCAUAUAUACUUGUUCCCAAAAGAAUAACAUAAGGUAAAUGACUGCCUACCCAUAAUUUAUUUAAAAAAUAACUGUAAUAAGUGUAAAGAGUUUUAAUUAUCAAUGAGAAAAGUAAGUAUGAAACGUCGAAGCAAAAACGACAAGAAAAAUGCUAACGAAAAAACUGGGCAAAAAAAUGGUGUAAAUGAGGAAUGUCACGAAAAAGAAGAAACACAAUCUGAUUCGGAUGUAUCUACAGAUUAUGAAACCAGUCUAGAAUUAGAGAAAAAGAAGAAAAAGAAGACGGAAAAGGAUCAGGUAGAACGGUCUGAAAAAAAUAAGAAGAAGAAAUCUGAAGAAGAGCUUAAGGAUGAAAAUGAUGAACCUGCAAGUAAGAAAAAACGAAAAUCUGAGAAACGGAAAAGUGUUUCAUUUUCUAAAAGGCAUGAUGUAUCAGAAUCAGAAACUGAGAAGGAAUCAGAAACAGAAGAGGAAGAUGGCCAAUUUGAGGUUGAAGCAGUACUUGAUGACAAAAAGAUUAAAGGUGUUUUGCAUUAUUUGAUCAGAUGGAAAGGUUAUGGGCCAGAAAGUGAUACAUGGGAGCCCGAAUCAACCUUGCAUUGUGAUGAUUUAAUUGCUGAGUACCGAAGUACUUCUAAAUCAAGUGAUAAAAAAAUGAAACCUUUAAGAAAGGAAAUAAAAACAAAGAGAACCAAGGAUUCUGAAAACAACUGGGAUAAAAAUGAACAGUUUGAGGUUGAAAGAAUAUUAGAGGUUCAUUUUAAAAGAAAUGGUGACAGAGAAUUUCUGGUUUCAUGGAAAGGCUAUCCAGCUUCAGAUAAUUCCUGGGAGCCUGAGGAAAAUCUUCAGUGUCCAGAUCUCAUUGAAAAGUUCAUGUUAAAAGUUGCACAAGCUAAAAAUAUUGACCAAAAAGAACUAAGGGAAUUUAGAAAACCGACUGAAAGGCUUACUUUAAAUAUGCAGGAAACAUCAAGGCGUCUAAGUAGAAGACUUCGUGGCAAGCAAAGUUGCUUCUUAACGGAGACGGAAAGACCUCUGAAGAAACUCGCCACUCGUGCUAGCGAAACGUUAGGAGGCAUCUCCAGUCGACGACGUACUUUAGGAAUCAGGACAGCAUCAGUUCAAUAUAAUUACUGCUGUAACUCUGGGAUGGUAUUAGUGGGUCAACAAAGAAACGAAAACAAGAAAAAUACGAAUAUUUAACAAUCAUAAUUAGUGCGCUAGAGUGUAAGUACAUCAAGAUUAUACGUUAAAUUGAUUUAUGGAUGUGUAUUUUGUUUCUAAUAACUUUUUUUAGAUAAAAACAUCUUACAAAUUACUUUCAACUACCUACAAUCUUUUGCAAACAAAUGCAAUAACAGUCAACCCCCCCUCAAUCUACCACACUAAAUGUGCUGUUGUAAUAUUAUUUGCGAUAUUGAUUUCAUUUUUUGUUACUGC